CACGUCGUCCUCCAGCGGAGGAAAACAUGACGGACGGCUGACUGGGGACUGGCUCAGGGAAAAUAGCUGCUUGGAAUUUCACGCCAGGGUUGGAAUACUUAUUUGUCUACAUGUUUUGUUACAAGCACAAAUCCAUCUGUCUGUCGUCUUGGAAUUGAGUUAUAGUAAUCUUCACGUAGCUUCUCUUCUCACCGGGGAGGACACCGAAUCCUGUUAGCUGGCGGUCCGGAUAACUAUUUCCGCUGUGUUUUCCAUGUUAUGAUGGCUAGCACUUGCUAGCUGAUGUCUGGGACCGCUGCAAUGCUAGGUGAUAAUUAGCCAAAUCGAUUUUUAGCUCAACAGUUUUAGUGGAUAUUUAAAGGUUUUUCGAGACAAAAGAUAAGGAAUACCUGGUUUUGUAUUAUUCUGGAAUGUUAUUCUUCACUACAUUUACCAGCAUGCACAGCGUCAGAUGUGACAGCCACAGCGGCAGAGAUUCCACAAGUCUUCAAUGUGUUUUUUCUGGAUGUUUUUGAAGGCAUGUCGCCGCCACUGCGAGAUAAACCGCUGACUUUGGAUUGUACCCCAUUUUCUAUUUUUCUGAUCAAAUAUUAACUAUGUGUCUACGCAGCAACUUGGAUUUGUUUGGAUACUUUUAAACUUUCAAGUGAGUGAGACGGAAAUCGACAAAAAGGAAACACCAGCACGGGACAAGUAAAACACAAACGAUCCUUUCAACUAAAGAAAUAUCAUGGCAUCUGUGUGGAAAAGAUUACAACGUGUGGGGAAACAUGCGUCCAAGUUUCAGUUCGUGGCUUCCUAUCAGGAGUUGAUGGUGGAAUCCACGAAGAAAUGGCAACCAGACAAGCUGGUAGUGGUGUGGACUACGCAGGAGCCGACGGAAAUCCUCCAAGGCUCACAGUUGGCAGCCAGGCAUCAAGAACCCCUACCGAGGAGUGGUGGCGUGGCCUGUACCAGAAAACGUAGAAAUCACUGUCACACUCUUCAAGGACCCCCACGCAGAGGAGUUUGAAGACAAGGAGUGGACGUUUGUCAUAGAAAAUGUGAGUACGCAUUACCUCUCCCCUCACUUAUGGUGGACUGGACUGG